AUGAAAGAUUAUGACGAGUGUGAGAGGAUGGAGGAUGACUGUGUGCCAGGGACAUCCUGCCGAAACACCUUGGGGUCCUUUACUUGCAGCUGUGAGGGAGGAGCCCCCGACUUCCAUGUGGAAUAUUCUGGAAGACCCUGUGAAGGUGGCUCUCCUGGAAAUGCGACCCUGGCCCCUGGUCCAGAGCAUCCCCUAGUCCCAGCAGGAGCUGGGUCUACCCCCAUGGCAGGUGCCAGCUCCGAGCCCCCUCGGCUGAACCUGACUGUGGCUGUCAGUGUGCUCUGCGAGAUUGAGAAGGUGGGCGUCGCCAUCCAGAAGCACUUUCUGCAGCAGGAGGCCAUCCCCGAGUCCUCCCUGUACCUGGGGCAGCCUUCCUGCAACGUGAGCGACAGCAACAGCACCCACGUGUUCCUGGCGGCCAGCUGGAGUGAGUGCGGGACUCUUGUGCAGAGCAACAUGACAAGUACGCUGGUGAGGACCACGCUGAGGAACGACCUGUCCCCUAAGGACAUCAUGCAUCACCUGAAGAUCGCGAGCCCCAUCCAUUGCGCCUUCCGAAACGACCUGCUGACAUCCUCAGGCUACACCCCGCAGUGGGGAGUUUACACCAUCAUUGAAGACCUGCACGGCGCUGGGAUUUUUAUCACUGAGAUGCAGUUGUUCAUUGGAGAUUCUCCCAUACCUCAAAAUUGUAGUGUGUCUUCCAGUGACGACGUCAAGAUUGAAGUGGGGCUCUACAGACAGAACAGCAACCUCAAGGUGGUCCUGACGGAGUGCUGGGCAACCCCCUCCAGCAAUGCCAGGGAUCCAGUCAGCUUUCGCUUCAUCAACGACAGCUGCCCCGUUCCCAACACCUACACCAGCGUGAUCCAGAAUGGCGACUCCAGCAAGGCCCAGUUCAAGCUGAGAAUUUUCUCUUUCAUCAACAACUCCAUCGUGUACCUGCACUGCAAGCUUCGUGUCUGCAUGGAGAGACCCGGGGCUCCGUGCAAGAUAAGCUGCAAUGAUUUUCGGUUGCUGAGAAGUGUUGAAGCUUCCGAGAUACAUCAGACGUCCUGGGGGCCCCUCAUUCGGUCUGAAGGUGUGUCGUCACGUGCAAAGUCAGGCCUGGGGGUUGACUACAUCCUCCUCAUCGUGGUGGCUGUCUUGGCUGUGGUGGUGGGGGCAGCAGUCUUUCUGAUCGUGCGUUAUCACAGAAUGUCGGGGAAAUACAACCUCAAAAUACCAUCAAACAACUUCAGCUACCACGUGUUCUAUGAAUAG